AUCGUGUAUAAGUUCGAGCUUUAUAUCGGCUUUCCUCCUUUCCCAAGAACUCUACCGUAUAGCUUCAUCUGCCUAUACAUACACUCACUAGCGCCCUUUCAUAUCAUGGCCAUGAAGCGUAAAUUCGACUUUGAUGCUACUGACGACUGCCCCCAGGUCGCCAAGCAACUGAAAAUGGUUCCCUUCCCGAACUAUGAACCUGACGCUGAUGCUCUUAUGUCUGAAUCUCCUUCACAUGAUGAUGUCGUCUCGUUUUUCCCUGAAAACUAUCAUACUCGCCUUCAUUCUACUGCCAGCUCGUCAAGUGGUUCAUCUCUAUAUUCGGACGCCAUCGACCAUAACUCUCCUCUGUACCCUCGUCUCGCCCAGGUCGUCGAUUAUCCAGCGGACAACUCUGACAAGGCGGUCGGGCUGUUACAACCUGCAAGUUCUUUCACCCACCAUGGCUCGCAUUGCUCGCAAAUACCCAAGCUUCGUGUUGCCUGCUCCGCUGGUCCCGAUGGCUCAAGGACAAUGUGGAGCUUUUGUGAACAAUGCGGCGCGAUUUCCAUGGUGGAUUCUGACUGAAGUCGUCGACAUGCUCGGCAGCCGUUUUUUUUUAUCUUUUUUAUUUUGCUGAUUAUCCUUUCGUGUUUUUCUUUCCCCCUGGCUCGACUGGUCACGUCUAUUUCCGACAUCGAUCGCAUAUUCGCCUCUCGCCGCUAAAAGUUACCAUCACCUCUAUCCGCCUCCGACUUCACCGCCCUUCUCGUGAUCAACGCCCGGUCAAUCUCCGAACUUCUGACAACCACUCGACAUCAAAACAUAGGCCAAAUAUCAUAAUGAUGCACUGCUACGUUUGCUAAAUAUGCUCUCGCUGUACAUAUCUUGCUCCGUUGUAACACAAGUUACCAUGCUCUGUUGCUUUGACACCAAUUACGUGUGAAGUUGGUCUGAUCAGCG